UUUUUGGCGGGUGAAGGGGAUGACUACUUCACUCUAGGUGCUACUGUUAUUCUUUUUUGUCUUCACGAAUUCCCUUUUUAAUAUACUAAAUAGUAGGAUUUUACUUCUCCAGCAAGUCAAAAAACCUCUUCACAAAUAUAGUAGUAUAUGAAUUUUCAAGCAGUGCAUGUGUAUGUUCACAAUUGGACAAGAAACAAGGGACUGAAGUGAGAAGUGCUGUCUCAUUUCUGUCACUUUCUGAUUUGUUUUUUAAUCUCUUCUCUGAUGCUCACCACCCACCUCUAUAUAUACACAUCACCUCCUUUCCAUCCCGACAUCCAACAUCCAAAGCUCCAACGAACUCGACAGAAAAAUCUCACACUUCCACGAACAGCACACCUGCAAAGAUUCCAUGGGCGCCAAGAUUUCCUGCUCUUCCACCCACCGAGAAACCCUCUCGCAGCAGCCACACCAUCCGGCGCCGGUCAGGGUCAUCGCCGCCGACGGCUCGCUGAAGGAGCUCCCGGCCAGCCCCCGAGUCGCCGUCUCUGACGUUCUUGCCGGCGAGGCCGCCUCCUUCUUCGUGUGCAACUCCGACGCGCUCUACUUCAACGAGCCCCCACCUGCGCUAGCCUCCGACGAGCUGCUCCGGCCGGGACAAAUAUACUUCCUGAUCCCGGCCGCGGAGCUGGGGCGGCCGCUCUCGAGCGCCGACAUGGCCGCCCUCGCCGUGCGGGCGAGCGCGGCGAUCGCGGCCAAGAGCCCCGAGCAGCGCGGCGGCAAGAAGAACCUGCGCGUCGUGCCGGUGCGCGAGGAGGUGGAAGACUGCGAGGACGUCAUGUUCAACGAGAAGCUUAACGAGCGGACGCUCGGGGAGUUCGCCGUGUCGCUGAGUCCGGUGAAGAAGAGCAACGGGAAGCUCGCAGCGCGGUCGCGGCUGAGGCUGAAGCGGGCUCUGAGCAUCAUACAGGAGGCUGCUGACUGACUCGAGCAUUUCUACAAGAUAGUGUUGUUCAUUUUUUUUGUUCCUUCAAUUUUGGAACCAUUAUUAAUUCAUGAGGCCAAACGGCCUAGGCCAAUAGUAUUAAAUUGAUUUUUGUAGAUUUAGGCGGGAAAGAACAAAAAAUUGGGAAAGAGACUGUAAAUAUCUCCCAGUAUUUAUAGUACAAUACUGGAUGCAAAACUACCGGGAAUGCCAAAAAUUAAUUCUUGAGUUGUUAUCUA